GCGAACGAACACGCACGAGUUUACUGUGUUCACAAAAUAUAAUUAAAUAAAAUGAAUGUGAUAUCGUUAGCAAUAUGGACUUUAGAAAAAAACUGUUUCAUAGUUUACAGCGGACUCAUAGUUUGUUUUAUAGCGUUUACAUUGUAUCAUAAGAAUAAAUUGGAAGAAUAUUACAGUGAAACAUCGAAAAAGGAGAAAAUGGCGCGCACUGGAACUGGCGGGAAAGCGCGAGACUUUCAAGACGACGGCGACGAGGAUCCUGAUCUCCUAGUGCCAGCGAUCCCAGAAGACACUCCUCAGAUCCCCUACAGUCCUCCACAAAGGUCUGAUGAUGAGAUCCUGCAGAGGUCACGGGAGUACUACGAGCUGAUGGCUGAGAGGAGAACCGUGAGGUCUUUCAGUCCAGAACCAAUACCACAGGAGGUGCUAGAUAAUCUUAUUAAAACCGCUGGAACAUCACCAUCAGGUGCUCACACAGAACCUUGGACGUUCAUCGUGGUCCAGGAUCCAGAAAUGAAAUCUGCUAUACGGGAGAUAGUAGAAGAAGAAGAAGAAUUGAAUUACAACCAGAGAAUGUCGCGGCAGUGGGUGACGGACCUGAAGCCAUUUGCCACAAAGCCUGUGAAGCCAUACUUAUCUGAUGCUCCAGCAUUGGUGCUGGUCUUCCGACAGACGCACUCUUGGAGGGAAGAUGGAAAGAAGAGGAUGCACUACUAUAGUGAAAUCAGUACGGCGAUAGCUGCUGGAAUAUUACUUGCUGCUAUCCAGUACUGCGGUCUGGUAGCCCUUACUUCAACACCAUUAAACUGCAACGCGCGUCUCCGAGACCUGUUGUCCAGACCUGUGAAUGAAAGACUAGAGCUCCUCCUACCAGUGGGAAGACCACACAAGGAAGCCACGGUUCCAGACCUUCAACGAAAGAAACUUGAAGAAAUUAUGGUUAAGAUAUGAUAAAAGUCUGAUUUUGUGAUAAUUUUGUAUGUAUAUAAUGCUCCUAUCUUACGGGAAGGUGUUAUCUAUUAGAUAAGUGUGUUUGCAUUCCCGUGGAAUGCUGUUUAUAUGUUACAAAGUCUGAUAGGCACCCGAGUUACUUUUGUAUAGAAUCGCGGAUCGUUAUUUUGAUAAAUUGUAUUGAAAUAAAUACCUAAUUACAAAAGUUCAA